AUGGAGCAGCAGGUGCAGCUGCAAGCGCAGCAGAUUGCAGAGCUGAGAGAUUUACUGCAAAGGCAGUCGCAGGAGCUCCAGAGGAUGGCCGCGGCCCAGCCAGCAGCACCAGCGCAAGCAGCAGCACCAGUGCCCCCAGCAGGGCCACGACGUAUGGAAGGUAUCUUGGACAGCAAGAUAGUGGGCAAGGUCAAGCAGUUUGACGGCCAACGUUCUUCAUGGAAGACCUUUGAGUUUCACUGGAAGGCCUACUUGGUGGCCAACGAUUUUCGUUUCAGAAAGAUGUUUCAGGCCAUCGAGGACGAACCUGAUGUGGCAAUGCUGGUGAAUGACGUAGGCAGUGUGAAUAAUCCAGAUUUCGAGCCUCUCUCCAGCCAGCUGUACUUUAUGUUGGUGCUGGCGAUGCCAGAAGACAGCACGGGCGAGAGCAUCCUCUCCAAUACACCAGAGGGAGAGGGCGCCCUGGCUUGGAAGAAGCUCUUGAACGAGUACUCUCCCAAUGCGCCUGGCAACAUCGUAGGGCAGUUCAGGAAGAUUCUAGGUACGGUGUUCCCCAAGGAUGCGGACAUUGUCACGGAGAUCAUGAAACUGGACAAGGAGAUCGCCCGCUACGAGAAGGCGAGUGGCGAGACGGUGUCGGCGAACGUCUCGCGUGGCAUCCUCCUGGGGGCUCUCUCAGAGGAACCUGACCUCCAGAAGCACUUGUUCCGCAACCUUCGGAGUUUGCCAACCUACGCCGACAUGAGAGCAGAGGUAGUGAACGCCCUUGCAGCCCAGAGGAGCGUGAGCGACGACGCCAUGGAGAUUGGAGCGCUCAAGGGCGGCAAGUCCAAGGGCGGCAAGGCGAAGGGCGGCAAGGACGGCAAGGGCAAGAAAGGCAAGGGCUACGACUCCCAGAACGCCGAGAAGUGGUGCAGCUACUGCGAGAAGCCGAACCACGUACGCUCGGAGUGCCGCAAGAAGGCUGCUGAUGAUAGGAGACGGGAUGCAGAGGAGGCCGCGACGAAAGCCAAGCAUGACAAGAAGGAUCGGCAGAAGCAGCGAAGAGCUCAAGCUAAGGCUGGAGCCUUGUCUGCUGGCACAGCACCGUCACUACCGACUACGGGGACGCUGCCGACGGCGAUGCCGACGAACCCAGGUGCGACCGGUACAGGGCCGUCGUGUGCAGCGAGCAGCGCUAGCACGAUCCCAGUUGGGCUGAGAGCUUUGACAUCGAGCUCGGACGCCACAUCCAGCACCCUCAACACCAAGUUUGUUUUCGGUCUUGAGGCGAUCGAGGCCGAGGAGAGGCAUGCGAGCAUCGCAGCGGUCAGCCACAAGCCGAAGGACGCGAUCAUGAUCGACAGCGGUGCGCAGAUCUCGGCGAUGCCCAGCCAGAUGGUGUACGAUGCAGGCUACACGAUCCAGAGGUCAAAGAUCCACGAGCUGCAUGCGAUCGACGGGAGCAAGGUCCCCCACCAUGGUCGUACCGACGUCAAGAUUCGACGAGGAGAUGCAGUCCUGCAGCUGGGCAUGGAGGUAGCCGACAUCGAGUACCCCGUCCUCUCCACAGAUGCCAUCACGAGGCGAGGCCAGUCCGUGUUGCACUCGCCGAUGGGAGACUGGAUCGUGGACGCUCCGAUGCUGCCGCCCGACGGCGCCGAGGUGAUCAAGCUGAAGAAGGAGCGCUCGGCCUGCUACUUGGAGUUCGACGAGCUGCUGAAGGACGGCCAGAACGCCGAGCAGAGCAAGGUCAUGGCUGCGCUCCGACCGCAGGAGUUAGAGGACUCCGUGGGGAUCUUGGCUGCAGCCCGCAAGACGCUGGCACCCACGACUGCGCCAACGAGCUCGUCUGGGGCUCUGCCUCGAGCGCUUGGACCAGACCCCUCGGAGAACGUCACCCUGAAAGCGAAGGAGCUCAUGAGACCAGGACAGCCGACGGCGCAGGAGAGGCGUGCCCAUGCAGCACACCACCUGCCCUUCAGGCCCUGGUGCCCCGUGUGCGUGAUGGGGCGAGGCCGUGAGCGACCUCAUCCGAAGCAGCAGGACAGCCCUGAGCUCGACGCGGACCAGGUGCCGAUCGUGGAGAUGGACUUCUUCUUCGCAGCUACUGACGACAUCGCCAAGAAGUACACGAUGCUCCACGGCUUCGUUGCCAAGCGCAUCCCCAGGGACGAGAGACGCACGAUGAUCCCUGUGCUGAACAUCGUAGACGGGAGGUCGAAUGCUAUGGGCACACUGAUGACGAACAAGAUGGUUGGGCAAUACAAGACUCUGUACGUGGCAAAGCUGAUCGACUCGUGGGGUCACACCACAGUUGUUCUACUGACUGAUGGCGAACCCGCUAUCGUGGCCAUAGCCGAAGAUGUCAAGAAACAUCGGAGCCAUGGCACCAUCGUUCGUAAAGCCGCAGCGCAUUCUCAUCAAAGUAUGGGGCGCGUGGAAGGCGCCAACUCUCUGGCAGCGGGCCUCUUGAGGACCUUCAGGUUCGCGCUGGAGAAGCGGUUGGAAGUCACGAUCGACGCCGACCACCCGAUCCUACCCUUCGUGACGAACGCGAUCGGCUGGUACGUCACACGAUUCCAGCCGCGGGAGCACGGAGGGUCCUCCUACAAGUUUCUCUUUGGCAAGGAGUACGAUGGAGAAGUCGCCGAGAUCGGCGAGCAGGUUUGGUAUCGGAUCGCUGGGCGGGUAGCCAGCGGUCAGGGCAAGUUCGAGGCCCGCUUUGCCAAAGGCGUGUGGGCAGGCAAGUCGGAGUUUGACGACCAGCACCUAGUCGUGGACUUGCAGCGCGGGCUCCUCAAGGUGCGCACGGUGCGUCGCAUGCCCGAGGAGUUCCGCUGGUCCGAGGACCUGCUGAGGCAGAUCAGCGUGACGCCCUGGGACCCCGCGCCAGCUAGGGCCAAGGAGAUUGCGAGGCCCAAGGGCCUCUACAUCACAGAGAGGAUGAUUGACAGACAUGGACCGACUUCAGAAUGCCUCAAAUGUUCCACGGGGCGAGGACAGCACUCCGACGCUUGCAGGCAGAGGUUCGAGCACAUCGUCCAGGAGGAGCUCGAGCGGAGGCUCAAGACUGAGGGAGCCUCGCCAGCGACACCAGCGCCGCCUGGCGUGGAGCCUGGCUCGCCCGUGCCCGAGAGUGCGCCUGGUCCUAGUCAGCGCUCGCACCCUGAGGACCGAGCGCCGGGCACACCGAGGCCAGGAGCGCAGGUGCAGGAGGCCACGGCGGACCAACCCCCCAGGAGCUCUGUCGGGAACAUCCCCGACACGCCGAUGGACACCAAGGAGGACACGACUCGCAAGCAUCAGGUCGAGGCUGCAGGAUCCGAGGGCCAGGGCGGCAAGCGCCAGAGGAUCGAGCUUCUUGGCUGCGCCUGUCGGCUGUGCCUGAUCCAUGCUGCGCGUGCCGUGGAGGCCCCGAGCGCAGUGGUGGCAGGCCUGUACAGCAUGUGGGCGGGCGGUCUGGAUGACGAGGUUGAGAGCCCGCAGAUGGUCCACUACGACUACUACUCAGGCGAGCCGUUGGACGAGGACCUCUACCAGGAGGGCAGGCGCGACGAGCUGGAGGCGAUGAAGGAGUACGGUGUCUACACGGAGAUCCCCAUCUCUCAGUGCCAGCCAGGGGGGAAGCACGUCAGGGGCUUUCCGAUCGCCCACAUGAAGGGCGACAAGGUGCGCUGGAGGUUUGUCGCGACCGAGGUGAACGACAAGCACCGCGAGGACAACCACCAGGGCACGCCGCCGCUGAUGGUCAUCAGACUGAUCAUUUCCCUCGCAGCAUCCAAGUCUGAUGCUGACGGCGUGCGCCGUCGGCUGCUGCGUGUCUGGGAUGUCCGCAAGGCGUUCUUCAAUGCAGACUUGGACGAGCUGGUCUACGUGCAUCCAGGUUGGGAGCUGUGUCCAAAAGGCUUCUGCUGGGUUUUGCACAAGGCGAUGAACGGGACGAGGAAGGCCUCGCAGCUCUGGGGCGAGACGAGCAAGGCAGCGAUCGAUGACGCAGGAGGCAAACCGUUGAAGGGCACAGCUGGGACCUACUACUUCGAGAACUUAGUGGGUGACGGCAUGGGCGCCACGAUGUGCUGCCACGGUGAUGACUUCUUGGCGGAGGGCCACCGCGACACCCUCGACGCCAUCGGCAACUUCCUGGAGGCGAACUUCGAGGUCACCGAGUCCGAGAGCAUAGGCCCAGGUUACCCUGGAGAGCUGAACUACUUGAAGCGCAUAGUGGGCUACACGAGUGAGUUGCCCGAGACCAGGAUGCCAGGCUUCUACUGGAGUGCUGAUCCGAAGCACGUGGAGGAGCUCAUCCGCUGGGGCCACAAGUCGGGUUCCAAGGCUGCGCCUACCCCUGGAACAAAGGCUACGGGGGCAGGCAUGAGGAAUGCCCCGGACCCACUGCCCGUGGCCGAGGCCAAGUCGACCUCUUCAGCGGCAGGGCUAAGCCUGUAUGUCUCGAGUGACAGGCCUGAUGCUAUGUUCAGCUCCAAGACGAUUAUGCAGCACGUCAGCAAGCCAAACGUCCUGAUGAACGCACGUCUGCACCGGCUGUGCAGGUACUACGAGGGCGCACCGAGGCUGCUGUGGUGCUACGAGCUCCAGGACUUACCAGAGGUUCUCCGAGUGGACGCGGAUGCCGACUGGGCGUCUACGACAAGCCUCUUCAGGACUUCGACCUCUGGGGGAGUUGUUCGUUUCGGAGGCCACACGGUCGAGGCGUUCGCGGUCAGCCAGGCAACUCAAGCGUUGUCGUCAGGAGAGUCGGAGUUCUACGCCAUCGGGAGUGGAGCUGCAAGAGGUUUGCAGGCGAAGCACUUCCUUGGAGAGGUGGGCGUCACCGUGCGUCUUGUCGUGGCCAGCGACAGUGCUGCAGGCAGAGGGAUCUGCCAGCGCCACGGUGUGGGCAAGGUGCGCCACCUCGAGUUACGGUAUCUCUGGCUACAGGACCGUGUACGGUUGCGACAGCUGGAGUUGAUCAAAGAAGCGACCACGGAGAUGGUUGCGGACAUCCUCACGAAGUAUGUGGAAGCAGAGACCCUGUUUAAGCACAUGGCGACCAUGAACCUGCGGCUCGUGCCGCUCGGAGCAGUGGUAGUGAGCGCGCUGCUACCGACGGUGCGCGGCCAGGAGACGGUGGAGGGCGCCAAAGGCGCGCCCUGGCUACUGAUUGUGAUGGCUUUGAGCAUAGCGUUGCUGUCUUUUCUAGUAGGCUGUUGUGCUGGAGCCAGAGCGGGCUCCACUGCGGUUUGCUAUGAGCGUCCCGAGACGCUGAGUGAUGACAGCGCAGCUCCUGAGCAGACCGCAAGCGACGGAGAUGCGAGAGUGCAGCUAGUUCUUUCAAGGUUGACAGUGCCUGACCUACGGGCCAUUGCUCGUGCGAACAAGAUCGGCCUGGGGGUGGGCUAUGUAAGGAAGCAGCGCCUGAUCGAGAUGAUUAUCUCUGCUGGCGCGAGCCCCACCUGCGAGCAGGCAGAGCGCCUAGAGAGCGUUUGUGCCAUUCUUUCCAAGGCUGGUCUGAGUUGUUUUGUGCAGCCACGCCUGCUGUUCACUAAGCAGGGGCUGGAGAGUCAUUUGGUGCUGUUAGAGACGGCUUGCACGCCGUUGCGGAAGAUCUCGGAUUGA